UGACUGAGUGUGUGUGUUUGUGCGUGCGUGCGCACGCUCGUGUGUGUGUGAGAGAGAGAGAGAGUGACUGAGUGUGUGUGUGUGUCAGACAGACAGAAGAGCAUCUGCAAUAUGAAGAAUGGAAGAAGACGAAGUGACGAUCAGAGAGCAGAACUUCCACAGUCAGGUUCGAGAGUACAUAAUCUGUUUUCUACUGUUUGCAGUGCUGUACAUCGUGUCUUACUGCAUCAUCACUCGCUAUAAGAGGAAAACUGAUGACCAUGAAGAUGAAGAUGCUAUUGUCAAUAGAAUUUCAAUGUACUUGUGUACGUUCACGCUGGCCGUGUCUGGAGGGGCGGUUCUCCUCCUGCCGUUUUCCAUAAUCAGCAACGAGAUCCUCCUCUCCUUUCCCAAGAACUACUACAUCCAGUGGCUCAAUGGAUCCCUCAUCCACGGUCUGUGGAAUCUGGUGUCUCUCUUCUCAAAUCUCUGUCUCUUUGUGCUCAUGCCUUUCGCAUAUUUCUUCCUGGAGUCGGAGGGAUUUGCCGGUUCUAAAAAGGGCAUUAAGGCGCGAGUGUUGGAGACGUUUGUGAUGCUGUUUCUCCUCGGUCUGCUCAUCCUGGGCAUCGUUUGGGUGGCAUCUGCCCUCAUUGACAAUGAUGCAGCGAGCAUGGAGUCUCUGUAUGAUCUGUGGGAGUUCUACCUGCCGUACCUGUACUCCUGCAUCUCUCUGAUGGGCGGUCUGCUCCUCCUCAUGUGUACACCAGUGGGUUUGUCCCGGAUGUUCACAGUGAUGGGUCAGCUCCUGGUGAAGCCCACGAUAUUGGAGGAUCUGGACGAGCAGAUGUACUGUAUUCAGCUACAGGAAGAGGCCCUGCAGCACAAGCUGAAUGGUGCAUCCUUCAAUUCCCAUUUACAGCCAAAUUCCCAGCAUCUCUACAAGGAGCUUGAUAACGUCCGCAGCCAGAGGCACAAGCUAGAGAGGAAGAAGAAGGCCUCAGCUUGGGAGAAGAACCUUCUUUACCCCAUCGUGAUGCUGAUUCUGCUCGCCGGCACGGCGAUUUCGGUCUUCCUGGUGGCUCUGAACAUCCUGUACCUGCUUGUGGAUGAAACUGCGCUGCCGAAAGGAUCAGCGGACCCAGACAUUGGUAAUGCGUCCCUGUCCACCUUCGGCGUCGUCCAGGCGGUGGUUGAAAUCAUCCUGAUGAUUUAUCUGAUGGUUUCCUCUGUGGUGGGAUUCUACAGCCUCCGCAUCUUCCAGGGGCUCACACCCAGACAGGACGACACCACCAUGACCUCGAUCAUUGGAUGCUGUGUGUCUAUCCUGGUCUUGAGCUCUGCGUUGCCAGUCAUGUCCCGAACACUCGGAAUCACUCGCUUUGAUUUGCUGGGAGAUUUCGGACGUUUUAAUUGGCUGGGAAACUUCUACAUAGUCCUGUCCUACAACCUCCUGUUCGCUGUGGUGACGACGCUGUGCCUGGUGCGAAAGUUCACUUCAGCUGUGAGAGAGGAACUACUGAAAGCUCUGGGUCUAGAUAAAUUGAACCUGUCAAACAGCCCCACGGAGCCGGAGUCGGGAAAACUCGCCGCCAACGGACAUCAGAAAACUCUCUGAGACGUGCACUCGCACUUUUCCCCACGCAUAUCCACAGUGUGGGUGUUUACCAGUAAAGAGAAAGGGGUGGUGGUCUUUAAAUUCUGCAAAUUCUGCAAAGUAAGUAAAGAAAGUGAGAAGAAGAUUCCAGAAAUACAGCGGUUGGACAAUGAAACUGAAACACCUGUCAUCAUUUUAGUGUGGGGUUUUAGGUUUCAUGGCUAAAUUGGAACGGCCUGAUUGCACCAGUAAGAGCAGAGUGUGAAGGUUCAAUUAGCAGGGUAAGAGCCUUUAGCACAGUUCUGCUCUAAAUAUUGCAAUGCACACAACAUUAUGGCAUUAUGGGUGACAUACCAGAGUUCAAAGAGGACAAAUUGUUGGUGCACGUCUUGCUGGAGCAUCUGUGACCAAGACAGCAAGUCUUUGUGAUGCAUGAAGAGCCACGGUAUCCAGGGUAAUGUCAGCACACCACCAAGAAGGACCAACCACAUCCAACAGGAUUAACUGUGGACGCUGUAAGAGGAAGCUGUCUGAAAGGGAUGUUCAAAGGGGUGCUAACACGGAUUGUAUCCAAAAAACUCCAUAAAACCACGGCUGAUCAAAUCACGCAGAAUUCAAUGUGCACCUCAACUCUCCUGUUUCCACCAGAACUGUCCGUCACCACAAUACAUUAUUGUUCUCUAAAACCAGGUGUUUCAGUUUCAUUGUCCAAACCCCUGUAAAGUGGCGUAAAUGAAGAUCUCGACUCCCGAGCCGGAGAUGAUGGAUCACUAAAGCCAGUAUAAAAUGCCUUCAGGAGGAAAGAAAGAAAAAUUGUGACCCUUUCCCAGUUGGACAGUAUUGUAUUGUGUUGUGUUGGUUCUAUAGAAGUCGGAGAACUCUUUGACCUCUGCAAAUGUUUUGUACAGUUUUUCUUUUUAUGAUUUUUUUUUCUUUGUUUUAUAAUUUUUUGUGCUGCACUCCACUCCUGUGUGAUCACACCAUACCACUCUUCAUUCUUCACCUGUUCCCUUCUUUUCUGUUUCACAGAGGUGAUUGUGAUUGAUGGGCGGGGCCGUUCUGACAUGUGAUAUUUUACAUUUUAUGUAAAUUUUAUGUGCUAUAAUUAAUGUACUAAAACAGCGAGCUGUGUAUCACUCGGUAGGUGUGUGCACUUUCUGUUGCCCGAAAGAUGAAUUAGUGAAUCCUGUAAACCUGUGAAUUUCCUACAGAAAUGUAGAAGAAAAAAAGCUUUAAAACAAAAAAAAUGCUUUUAAUGAGCUAAAACUAGAACCUAGAAACAGCAAAUCGCUCACUGCUCACGUCACAAUCCUCACGUUCAGUUUUCUAUUCCAUAAAAAUAUAAGGCUUAACAUAAAACAACCUAUAAGCACCAAAUGUCUCUAAUAUUCAGCUCUGGGAAAAAAAAUUAAGAGAGCACUUCAGUUUCUGAAUCAGUUUCUCUGAUUCUGCUAUUUAUAGGUUUAUGUUUGAGUAAAAUGAACAUUGUUGUUUUAUUCUAUAAACUACAGACAACAUUUCUCCCAAAUUCCAAAUAAAAAAGAUGCAGAGCUUUCAGAGCUCAAAUAAUGCAAAGAAAUCAAGUUCAUAUUCAAAGUUUUAAGAGUUCAGAAAUAAUCAAUAUUUGGUGGAAUAACCCUGGUUUUUAAUCACAGUUUCCAUAAAUCUUGGCAUGUUCUUCUCUUCCUCCACCAGUCUUACACACUGCUUUUGGAUAACUUUAUGCUGCUUUACUCCUGGUGCAAAGAUUUAAGGAGCAGUUCAGUUUGGUGGUUUGAUGGCUUGUGAUCAUCCAUCUUCCUCUUGAUUAUAUUCCAGAGGUUUUUAAAAUUUGGUAAAAUUAAAGAAACUCAUCAUUUUUAAGUGCUCUUUUCUUAUUUUUACCAGAGCUGUUUCUAAAGUAUUUUUUCAGUGUAGAUGCAUGUAUUUAGCACAUUUCUCUUGCUGUUUAGUAAGUUUAAGAAGUAGCUGCUGUUUAACAGUGAGGUCAGAACAUCGCUGGCUGCGGAUCGAUCGCUAAAACAGUCGAGCCUUAACUCUCUUUACUCUUUAACUUUAAGUAGUUGUUCUUAAAAAACGUUACUGAGAUGUUCAUUAGUUAUUUCGGUAACACUUUAUAAUAACUUUCAUUAAUAUAUAUUUUUUAACUAAUGAUCAGUAGAUGUGAACAAAGCAGUAGUUCAUCAGAAUUUGAAUAUUAACAAAUGCUCACACAUUACAUUAAUUUAUCAGCAUGGAUAUUUGUAUUAAUAAUGUUAGCAAAUCAUUCAUUAGCUCAUCAGAAUCUCUGCUGAUUUGUGGCUUUAAAGGGGAAUUGUUCACAUUUUUCACAAAUGUCUUUUUUACUGUUAAGUAAUUCAGACAGAAUUUGGUGUGAAAAUAUAGUAAGACGAAUUUGACUUGAAGCUCGCCAUCAGCUGCCAGAGCCCUGAGAGAGCACACUAGUCCUUGCUCUCUCUCUGGGUGGGUACAGUACAGUUGAUGGCGCUCUCUCUUUUCCCUCAUCACUCCUAGGGUGAUGUGGAUCAGCAAAGAGCUGCGUCUGUGAGCUGAUGUAUCAGAACCGAGUCGCUGCGCUUUCAUCCGAGCGUUAGCGCUUUGAUGAUGCAACUCGGCCAUGCCACAUCAUCACCAGCAGCAAAAGAGGCGGAGUCUUGCUAGUAAAUACGAAUUUUAAACCGGGCAAAUUUUUAUCAAUUGCAGUUCAUGUUGCAAUCAAUGCCUUCAUUAGUAUUUAUAAAUGUGAUAGCAACCUUUUAGUUUCUUAAAAUGUAUAAAAUAACAUUUAUUAAUCAUUAGUUAAUAGUAUAUUAAUGAAAGUUAUUAUAAAGUGUUACCGUUAUUUGUUGUUUUCUUGUUUUAUCAGUAGAACUCGCAUCGCAAGAAGUGCUUUCUCUGAAAAUGUUGAGUUUAGUUUUUUUUUUAAAA